AUGAGGAACCUUUGGACAUGCGUCUGGGAAGUGACGCUGGUCACGACCGCCGUGGCACAAAGAGUUGAUGCGCUCACCUAUGACUACAUCAUUGUCGGUGGCGGUACAUGCGGUCUUGUAAUGGCCAACCGGCUCUCGCAAUCGGGCGCUUCCUCCGUGUUGGUGAUCGAAGCCGGAUCAUCGGUUCUAAACAACUCAGCCGUUUUCGAUCCGACUGCGUACGGAGCAGCAUUUGGAAGUGCGAUCGACUGGGCUUUCAAGACGGUUCCUCAGGCGGCGGCGGAUCAGAAGACGCAUACUCUCAGGGCUGGCAAGGCUCUAGGAGGGACGAGUACAAUCAACGGCAUGUCCUAUGUCCGAGCACAAAGCCCCCAAAUCGAUGCCUGGCAGCAAGCUGGAAACACCGGCUGGACUUGGUCUUCCCUCUGGCCGUACUAUCUAAAGAGCGAGUCGUUUCAAGCCCCUUCUGCCGUAGACAUGAUCCAAACGCAUGUCACCUACAGCGCGGCGGAACAUGGCUACAACGGUCCGGUCAAAGUCGGCUGGUCCGUAGAGCAAUCAAAUUCGACCUACCCGGUGAUAUUGAAUGAGACUUUCCAGGCCGUGGGGCUGCAGUGGAACACGGACACGAACGGCGGCGACGAAAGGGGUUUUAGUGUCUAUCCAUUGAUGGUCGACCGCGAGAACAACGUGAGGGAAGAUGCGGCAAGAGCAUACUACUAUCCAUCUGCCGCAAAGGCCAAGAGCUUGGCGGUAUGGUUAAACACGACUGCGAACAAGAUCUUGUGGAAGAGGGGGGCCCCGACGGCCUCGGGCGUGCAAGUGACCUUUAGCAAUGGCUCUUUGGCUGAGGUCCGCGCCAAAAAGGAGGUGAUCCUCUCCGCUGGCGCAUUGAUCAGCCCGAUAUUGCUUGAGCGCUCCGGGAUUGGAAGUCCGACCAUAUUGAACAAAUAUGGUAUCGAUAUCGUCGUAGAUCUGCCAGGUGUAGGCGAGGGGCUGCAGGAUCAAGUGAACAAUGGACUAGGGUAUACUAUCGAAGGUAACUUUACGGCAAAUGGGUCCAAGACUUUCGUUGCAUAUCCUACCCUCUCCCAGCUAUUCUCCAACGACUCUGAGGCGUACGAUAGCUUCAUCAGCAAGGUCAAGUCCAGUCUUCCGGCCUACGCUUCGCAAGUGGCGUCACGAAAUAAUAACGCCACCAGCGCCGCGGACCUUUUGACCUCCUUCAACAUGCAGUACGACUUGUUGGUAAAGUUCCAAGUACCCGCCGCAGAGCUCAUCUUCUAUACCUCUGGCCAAACCUUGCAGAGCCAGCACUGGACACUCCUGCCUUUCUCGCGCGGCAGCGUGCACAUCACCUCAGCCACCGCGAGCCCACCAAACGCCGCGGCAGCGAUUGAUCCGCAAUACUUCUCCUUUGCUCCAGAUGUGGACGUUCAAGUUUUCGUGGGGGAAUUCAAUCGCCUUGCAUUCCACACCCAACCUCUCUCAGACCUCGCGGGCACGGAGCAGAGCCCUGGCGCCUCGACAACGAGUGCAUCCCAAUGGUCACGCUGGACUAAGAAGAACUUCCGCCCCAACUACCACGUCAUGAGCAGUGCAGCAAUGUUGCCAAGGUCCAAGGGAGGCGUGGUGGAUCCCACAGGAAAAGUGUACGGUACGAACAAUGUGAGGGUCGUAGAUGCAAGCAUUGUCCCAUUUCAAGUCUGUGGGCAUCUAACCAGUACGCUGUAUGCCGUUGCAGAACGUAUCGCAGACUUGAUGCAGCAGAACUAG